AUACGUUUUCUGGACAGACUACCAUUACUAUUACCCACAACUAGCGCGUUCAACAAUGGCAGGAACUGAGUACAGAAUGAUACGAGAUCUCUACUGGACCUCACAGUACGCCCCCACUGGAUUGACAAUCGACUUCACUGAAAAUCGUCUAUACUUCAUAGACGCAUAUAAAGGAACAAUUGAGUCGUUUAAUCUUGAUGGUGGAGGCAGAAUUCAGCAUCAUACUGCUGGUCAUGCUCCCUAUCCAAAUGACAUGACGUUGCUAGGAGACGUAGUCUACUGGGCGGACCAACUCAGUAAUUCUGUAGAGAGAGUGAACCGUACAUCUUGGUUGAGGUUGAUGAGUUUUGGGUGGCUUGGAGAUAGGUCUGUCCUAGGAGUGGUUGGUUACAAUAAAUCUUAUCAAACACCAGCAAACACAUCUUGCACAACCGAUAACGGUCAGUGCAGCCAUCUUUGUUUACUGACGCCAACUGGACGGAUUUGCGGAUGCCCUAAUGGAGCAAAACUGCUGUCCAACAAUCGUGACUGCAGCAAUGUGACCAGCGUUGUACCUCCUCCUCAACCACCAGUUGUGUCUUUAAGUUUGGCCAAUGGUCGUUUCCCCAGCGAAGGUCGAGUGGAGGUCACCUAUCAAGGUUCAAAAGGGACGGUCUGUGAUGAUUACUUCGGGUCUGCAGAAGCUCAUGUAAUCUGUAGGAUGCUGAAUUACACUAGAGCAACUCAUUACUUCAAGCAAGCCUAUUUUGGUAGAGGAUCAGGAAUCAUUUGGCUCGACAGCGUCAAGUGUAAAGGAAAUGAAAAGUCGAUUUCUGAAUGUCAGCAUGCAGGUUGGGGUGAAAAUGAUUGCAAUCAUCGUGAAGAUGUUGGAGUGAGAUGUUAUAAUGGUACAAUGCCUCAGAACGUUACAUCACCCUACACCAACACUACAGGGUUAAAAGUGCGUCUUAAAGGAAGUGUGAAUAAAAACGAAGGUAGAGUCGAAGUGUACUAUCAGAAUGAAUGGGGAACCAUAUGUGACACAAGAUGGAACCUGAAGGAUGCUAACGUGGUCUGUAGGAUGCUGGGAUACGACGGUGCUUGGGGCGCACAGGGUUAUGGGUACUUUGGUAAAGGUACAGGAAAGAUUAUGGUCAGUGAUGUGGUAUGUAGCGGAAGCGAAUCAUCCAUUGGGUUGUGUUACAGUUCAGGAUGGGGAAAUCCUACUUGUAGCCAUCGUUAUGACGUCUCAGUCACAUGCAAGGUUCAUCCUUCCCAACUUGAAGAUUCUAGAACACUUCGCCUUCGAAAUGGUUUGACUCCAAACGAAGGUCGGGUGGAAAUCAAACACAAUGGUGAAUGGGGGACAAUUUGUGACGACGCAUGGGAUAUCAGAGAUGCACAUGUUGCUUGCAGACAGCUGGGAUAUCCAGGGGCUCUGUCGGCACCAAUCAAGGCAGCUUUUGGUCAGGGUUCUGGCAAUGUUUUGCUUUCACUGUUCGCCUGCAGUGGUAUGGAGAAUUCCUUGCCAAGCUGUUCCCACAGUGAAUGGGGUGCGUCUUUGUGCGUGCAUGCUGAGGAUGCAAGUGUUGUAUGUAGAACUAACGAUACAAUGGAUCCACAGCCAGAUGCACCAUCGUUCUUGUUGGUCGCCGAUGAGAAGAGAAAUUUCUUGAGACAGAUCAUCCAUCAAGUGCACUCCACGAAUCAUUCAUCAUCACCGUAUGUAAUACAAAGAGUAACCAACCCAGACUUUGUAGCCAUCGACCCAGCUGUUCGUAGUGUGUACUUCACAAGUGGAGCAUCGAUCUACAUGUCUCACCUGUUUCAUAACUAUACAACUCGUAUCGUAACACAGAAUCAGAGGAUCAGUGGAUUAGCAGUAGACUACAUGUGUAAGAAGCUUUAUUGGUCUGAUUACUAUGGCAAUAGAAUCAUGGUUUCAUCCUUGGAUGGUACUUCACUAAGAGGUCUAGUGACUGUUGACUCACCCAAAGGCAUCGUAUUGGACAUCAGAGGAGGUGUUAUGUAUUACAUAGGUGGGCUGAGAAACCCAAAGAUUUACAGAUCCCACAUGGAUGGUAGCAACGUCAAAGCACUUGUAACACUGACGUCAUCAUCAUCGACCAGUAUUGCGCAUGACAGUACCAACAAUAUCAUUUACUGGAGUGAAACAGAUAAAAUACUCUAUUUGAACUUGUCUUCUAACGCGGCUUCUGCGCGUAUGCUGUCAUCUGUUCAUGUCAGCAGUCCGUAUGGACUGACGGUACACGCUGGGUAUCUGUACUGGACUGAUCUCAAAACAGGGGGGUUCACUGGGGGGUUGUACCGGGCUCGUCUCACUUCUAGUUCAAGUCACGUGACAGAGCUAGUGUUGAGUGGGUUCAUGACCCCACGUGGAGUGGCAUCGUUGGAUCUUCCAAACGCUUUACCAGAAAACUUUGCCUGCAGUGAAUGCCACCAGUGUCAGCAGAUGUGUUUGCGUGUCCCAUUAGGACAUCAAUGCAUGUGUUCUGGCAUGUACCGCCUGGGCAGCGAUAACACAACCUGUGUUACGAGUGACUUUUUCGCGUUCGUCGAUUUUUACAAAGAAAGCGCUGAUUUUGUUCCUGCGCAAGCCUUGGACGGUAACAAAGAACUACAAAGUAUCUCUUUAAAGAAGAGUAGAUUUCCACGUGCCGUCGAGUGGGAUCCCGUGGAACAUCGGAUCUACUACGCAGAUACCUUGCAAUCUCACAUCGCAAGGAUGUUUCUCAACGGCACUGCCGAGGAGAUUAUCAUCAGUGACGUCAUCCAGCCAAGGGGGCUUACCAUCGAUCACGUGGGACGUAAUUUAUAUUUCACCGACUUUUCUAGAAACUCUAUCAGCGUUUGUAAGCUUGAUGGGACAUACAGGAAGACAUUGCAAGUUACCAACAAUAAAAGACCGUAUUCAAUAGUAGUUUACUCGGAGACUGGAUAUUUGUACUGGAGUACAUGGGGUGACAAAUCCCGAAUCCAUCGUGCACUCAUGGAUGGCACGCAACACACAGUACUGAUUGAAUGGAUAGGCACCUACACUAGUUAUGGUGUAUCACAUAUGACGAUCGACAAAACAACUAACAGACUGUACUGGGUUGGUUGGCAUGAGGCGUACAUCGAGUACAUCGAUCUCAGCAAGUCAACACCAAGGAUAACCCAACUUCGUAGCUAUGCAAGUUACCUUUACAUGCCUGAAGGCAUCGCACUGACAUCAUCCAAGGUGUGCUGGACUGAUAGUCAUCGAGGAGGCAUGUUUUGUGGGAGUCGCAAUGGUACGGCUAGUGUUCAGAGUAUUGUUACUGGUUUGAUAGGAAUCUUUGGACUAAAGUACUGUAAAGCAGCACCACCACCACCAUCAGCCCAUCCUUGUGCAAGUGACAAUAACGGCCAAUGUUCUCAUCUGUGCCUUUUGAAACCUAACGGAUAUAGCUGCGCAUGUCCUGAUGUAAUUCCGUUGAACACCUCUUGUUUUUCCUCCCUCCCAACAACGAUUCCCAUGACCACUCAGAAACCUACCGCCACUGAAAAAACUACCACCACUGAAAAAACUACCAGCACUCAGAAACCUACCACCACUGAAAAAACUACCACCACUCAGAAACCUACCACCACUCAGAAACCUACCACCACUGAAAAAACUACCACCACUCAGAAACCUACCACCACUGAAAAAACUACCAACACUCAGAAACCUACCAACACUGAAUCACAUACCAACAUUCCUUCUCCAUCACCUACGCCCAAACAACCUCCCACAACAAGCAAAGAUCCUUGCAAGUCUAACCCAUGUUUUAAUGGAGGAACCUGUCAGUCCAAAGCACCUUCCUACCAGUGUAUUUGUCCUGACCUCUUCGUGCCCAAAUGGUCUUGUGAGGUAUACAUAGGAGAAGGAGUAGUGACAGUGACCAUCGAUGGUAUUGCUAAAAAGCAGGUGGAACCCCUGACAGUUUUGUUAAAAGACGUGCUGGCACAGAUCUUGAAUCAACAAAAUACCCCAAGUAAUACAGCAAGAAGACGCAGAAGUGCUGACAAUCAUGCAAACAUUACAGCAGAUAACGUUUUCAUCGUUAGUCCACCCAAGCAUGAUGGAAAUCAGGUUGUUGUAAAAGUAGCAGUAAUCUAUGGUAACAUCACCGGGAGUAAUGUCCUUCCCGCACAAACCUUGAGACAACAGAUUAUCAACUCGGAAAAAAAGAUUAACCUGAAAUUGCAGUCAAACUUCACGAAUGCGAAGGUCUUGAAGGUCGAGGACACAUCCGAUUCAUCGGCUCAUAAACAACAAACUAAGAAAGAGUCCAAAGGUGCCAUCGCAGCCGUGUUGGUAGUGGUUCUUCUUCUCAUUGUCGUUGCCAUGGCGGCGUUGAUUUACUUCUCAAGAAAACGAAGUUUUCAGAGACGAAGUUCAAAAAAUGACAACGCUGCUGUACCCAACGACUUUGCAACUUUCAGCAACCCAGGAUACGGCGUUGAACAGCCAGGAGAUUUGGCCCCGCCUCUAACAGACGCGAUUGCAAUGUCACAUAACGUUAAUACCAGGAGUGACAUGGAAGCUGCAAGUAAUCCUACUUACGAGGUAAUGGAGGAGACACCGGGCAUCGAAUUUAAGACAAAGACGGAGAUUCCCAGUGAUCCCCAUUACGACACGGUGAUGGAGAAUCCGAGCAUCCCACGUUGGGAGAAAAAUGGACCAAUGGAGUUUAAUCCAAAACAUGAGUAUUCCGAGAUUUCUUUUCCGAAGGACAAACAACCCGCUCAAGCAGCAGCACCAGAUCAACACCAGAACGACUGGGAAAGAUUUGAUCAUGAGCAUGAAUACGAAAACCUCUCCCAUGGCAAGUUAACCUUGAAGAUAGAUCAUUCAGAAGAUGAAGCAACGGCAUAAAGGGAUAAAGAAACCACGAUUGCCAUGGAUACCAAACCAUGAUGCUGCUAUGGCAACGAUUAAAAAGCACAAUAUUUUCGUACAAAAACGCACUUCAAUGAACGCAACUUUUUCGAAGUUAUGCUUUUUAUUUUACACAACACUUUUGAAGCUGAUCGUAAUUGUGGUUUAUGCCAAAAUAAGUAGUACUUUUAUUUUAUUUUACACAACACUUUUGAAGCUGAUCGUAAUUGUGGUUUAUGCCAAAAUAAGUAGUACUUUUAUUUUAUUUUACACAACACUUUUGAAGCUGAUCGUAAUUGUGGUUUAUGCCAAAAUAAGUAGUACUUUUUAAAAUCCUUCCAGAUAGUUCAAGUUUCUGAAAUUCAGAAACCAGAGGCAAAAUUUUGGCGGGAAAAGUAGGCAAAAGCGCCUACCCCAGCUGAGUUAUGAAAUCUGUAACAAUAGGCAAUAUUAUACUCAUAGUUUCGAUGUGAUGGCUAUCAGAUAUAAGAAUAGCCAAAACGUCAAUUCUCGACAAUGUUUUGCAUACAUGUAAAAAAUGCAAAACUAUAUAUUUCAUUUCGUAAUGUUAAGCUUUAAAAGCUAAAAAGCUAUUGCUAAGCUAGCUCGAGAAAGACUAAAUCAUAAUCCAAAUGUGAUUACUGAYAAAUUAACCUUUCUGGAAGUAAUUUGACUCCAAAACAUUUGCACCUAUCAAUGCCAGACUCGUACAUCUGUCGGUGCUUGGGAGCGGCUUUUCCCUUUUGUUCACGACAAUGUUUCUCCUCACUUGCAGGAUUAUCGUUCAAAUUCUUUUACUAAAUYGCCUUCAGAAUUCGUUUUUCGUUCCUUUAUUUACUCAUCAUUCAUCUGUUCCCAGAGCACAUAGUCCGGUACUAGCUGCCUACCUGAAUCAUUGGCUUCUAACUUUCCUCUAGGUCGGUAAUGUUUUUGUAAAGCUACGCUUUAGAUAAUGAAAUAAAAUAUUUAAUAAAAAGUAACAAGGCAAUAAAAA